AUGUCUGCCCCAAACCCUAAAGCUUUUCCAUUGGCCGAUGAGGCUCUGACCCAACAGAUCUUGGAUGUUGUCCAACAAGCUUCCAGCUUGAGACAAUUGAAGAAAGGUGCUAACGAAGCUACCAAGACUUUAAACCGUGGUAUCUCUGAGUUCAUCAUCAUGGCUGCUGACUGUGAACCUAUUGAAAUUUUGUUGCAUUUGCCAUUGCUAUGUGAGGACAAGAACGUUCCAUAUGUGUUUGUUCCUUCUAGAGUGGCUCUAGGUAGAGCUUGUGGUGUCUCUAGACCAGUCAUUUCUGCUUCCAUUACUACCAAUGAUGCUUCUUCCAUCAAGAACCAAAUCUACGCCGUCAAGGACAAGAUUGAAACUUUGUUGAUUUAA